CGGGGUGUCGGAUUUGAAAGAUUCAACCUCGAUUCCUGCUGCUGUUCAGCUUUUCAUCUCGAAUCGCGCUCGACGGAAAAGGGUGUCGCACUAGCAUAUGGCUACGCGGGAGCUUGAUGAGCUUCGCAAGCAGCUAGAGACGCUUCAGCGCUCACACGACACCUUACUAAAAAGCUUGUCCGCUUCGAACGGAAGCUUUGGACCCUCAGACGUUCCACGGCUACGUCGGAACGCAACCCAGCGUGGAGAUGCCGUGUUCGCCGAUACGUCCACGCUCUCUGACGACAGCAGCGACGAUGAGGACGACUUCUUUGUACAAGCUCCUUUACCAGCUCAAUCCUUUGAUCAAGAACAUCUACGCGAGCAUCUGAAGACCCACACCUGGGAUGAGCAUGGCAGAGAUAUCCUAGCAUCCCUGGUUGACCCCGGAAAAUUGUCAAAGCAGCCGAAUUUAUUUCAUGUAGGACCUGGACCUGCCGAAGAUCGCUCCCAGUUCAGCCACUUCCAAGUAUACAAUGUUGGACAAGAUGGACUUCCUGAACUUGUUGAAGUUAGCUCGGCAGACAACACAAUGUCAAAGGCCACUGAAAUAUGGCACUCGAUUAAAGAAGUAGGGAAAAAUAGCGAUAAGCCGACUUCAGGACGCAUCACUGUUGCAAGAGAGCCAUCGCCUGUCCUUUUUGGUGCGCUGCAUCUGACUUUACACAAUACUUUUGACAUGGAUGAGUUAUUCAGACAUUUGGUGCGCACAGAAGCCUCUUCUGCCCACAUGUUUCGUGCUUUCACGCAAGAUGCACGCCACCAGCGGACGUUCUUCUUCACAUUCGAAUAUUACACGAUCAUUGGAGACGACUGCAAGCCAAUGCAAUGGCAGAGGGCAGAUAAGAAUUUCAACUCCUCUGAUAGCCAUAUACCCUUGAGCCGGUGUGGUGCCGUUGUUGCCCUUGCGCUGUUCGAUCAAAACCCUCGACGAGUUCGGAACAGGUCGAGACACUCCAAGACCAACUAUGGGUUCGUGCACGACCCGUGGUCGCCAUGGCAAGUUCUUCAACUUGAAUGCUUCCCUGAUUGGAAGUCGACACCUAUCAACGGAAAUCCUUACACAUUCGAGGCUGGACACCGCUACCUCAACGGGCCCGAAGCGUUCCUCCAUGCACUACUCACUGAGUAUCGAGAUGCACGGAAGCGCUACGACGAGAUAUACAGACAAAUCACCGAACUUGUCACUCCGCCUCUUGGCUUCCUGUUUGACGAGGAUGCACGCAUGAAACGACUAUUCGAAGACAAGAACUUUACGUGGACGCGCCGCUAUUUCUAUGCGCACCAGGCUUUGGGCAAUGUCAAUGACAGUAUCAAAGCCAUGGUUGACGCCUUCGAAGACACGUUUUCGGAAGAUGUGUGGGAAGGCGAAAGUAAAACGCUGUGGCCACUAUAUGAAGAAUCGCCCCGGAAUGAACACUGGAAACGCAGGCUCCGACUGUUGAGAUUGCAAUUUGAGCGUGAGAUGAAGGAGCUUCGUAUUCUGCAGCGCGAGAAUAAUGAGAGGCGCCAUGAGAUCGAGACAUUGCAAGAACAACUUUUCUCUGGCACAAGCAUUCAAGAGUCCAGGAAAUCAGUCGAAUUGGCCGAUGUUACAGUACACCAAGGAUACAACAUCAAAGUGCUGACAAUUGUCAAUCUGUUCUUUAUGCCACUUACCUUCGUCACAUCCAUCUUCGGCAUGACCAAUAUGCCCGCCGAACCUGCCCCGUAUUGGCCAUUCGCUAUCACACUUGCUGCGAUAUGUGUCCCUUUCUUCAGCAUUAUCGGUUUUCUUUCAACCAAAUAUGGUUACCACGUCUGGGCAACGAAGACCCGGCAGUUCUGGCGUUGGUUGCGCCCAAAGCCCGCUGUUGAAGAAGAGACAGAGAUUGAUUAUCCAGGGAAAAGGAAGAAUAGGAGCAUGUCUACCGAAGAAGGCAUGCGGAUGAGAAUAAAAGACAGGGAGCCACUUCCCAGGCGAAGCAUGCAUAGGCCGCCACCAAGCCAUCCACAUAUCCAAGCCAUGGUAGCGAGGAUGGGUGAAGGGCGACAGAGUGGGUUGACGAGAAUGGGGACCUUGACUGAGGUGGAUAGUGAGACGGGGAGCAGUGGAAGAACAACGAAGGACACAAUGGUUCACAUACAGGAACCCUAACGAGCCACGAAACAUGACAGAUGUACAAUGGAUGAGAGAUGA